UCGGGUUUGAGACACCGUGCAAUUGUAAUAUUCUCUCUUCUCAUACGCGUUGCGUUCCUUUUGGUUACCCAAACCAAACCUAAGCCUCGGAACCAAAAGCUAGCUAGGGUUCAUCAUCCUGCUCCAACCUUCUCUUUUCUUUCUCCAAUUGGAACAAGGUUGUGAUAAUAUUUAGAAAUUGUAACUGUUGGAGUGAGUGAUAGAUUAGACAUUGUGACUCAUCAUGGAGUUACAGACUUCUGGCAGGCCGAUUGAGUCCUUGCUAGAGAAAGUCCUUUGCAUGAAUAUCAUGUCAUCUGAUUACUUCAAAGAGCUUUAUCGGUUGAAAACGUACCAUGAAGUUAUUGAUGAGAUAUACAAUCAAGUUGAUCAUGUGGAGCCUUGGAUGACCGGGAACUGUCGCGGUCCUUCGACUGCUUUCUGUCUGCUUUUCAAGUUUUUCACUAUGAAGCUUACUGUCAAGCAGAUGCAUGGCCUGCUGAAACAUCCUGAUUCCCCUUACAUAAGAGCGGUUGGAUUUCUCUAUCUGAGAUAUUAUGCUGAUCCGAAGACUCUGUGGAACUGGUUUGAGCCAUAUGCAAAAGAUGAUGAGGAGUUUUCUCCUGGAUCUAAUGGACGGAUGACUACGAUGGGUGUAUAUAUCCGUGAUUUGCUCCUUGGACAGUACUACUUCGACACACUUUUUCCCCGCAUCCCAGUUCCUGUAAUGCGUCAGGUUGUGGCAAAUCUUGAAAAGUUGAAGCUCCCUACUACACACUGUGGUACAACAGGGGAAACCACCCGUCAUGGAUCUGACGACACUGCUCGUAGACCACCUUCUGUGAAAGCUGCCCUUUCAGUCUCUUUUGGUCAGCGUGCGCCACAUCGAGCCUCCACAAGGGAUUCUUCACCCAUUCGUCGUACAGUACCUCCUCAUGAAAAAAAUGGCACUGAUGACAUAAGACGAUCUCCCAGUAAUCGCCGCAGUCAGAGCCGUGAAUAUCCUGAAAGGGAUAGAGACAGGGAGCGGUCACGCUCCAGGGACCGGGAAAGGGACCGGGAACGUGAAAGGGACAGGGAACGCGACAGGGACAGAUAUUAUGACCGAAAUAGGAACAAGGACCGAGAUGCUGAAAGAUACAGGGAUCGGGACCGGGAUAGGGAUCACGAGAGAGACAGAACCAGGAGGGAGAGGGACAGAGAGAGGAGUUAUGAUUAUGAUAAGAGGUCUAAGUACGCAGAGAGAGAAAGUAGCCGGGAUUACGACAGCAGCAUUGGCAAUGGUAGUAGGCAUUAUCGAAGUAGGAGUCGAAGUAGAAGUAGGAGCAGGAGCCGAAGUCAGAGCCAAGUUGGAACCGCACGAUAUGACUCGCGUUCUAGUCCACCUAGAGAUGUAAGUAAGAAGACUUCUGCAUCAAGUAAUCUAGCUAAACUUAAAGAUUUGUAUGGUGAUUUAGGCGAUAGUAAAGGAGAUGCCAACAUGGAAAGAAUUCCUAGAAGGAAUAAUGGCGGCGAAGAGGUUAUUAGACUUGGUGGCUCUUCUUGGAAGUAUUGACUGAUAUCACAUAAUGCUUGUACCGGAUGUUGGAAAGCUUUUUCAUUGAGAAAAUCAUAUUGGAUAUUGACUUUUCAUCGCCUUUUAUUAUCACUUUGUUGACAUAAGUUAUAGGUUGAUGAUGCUAUCUAUAUUAGCAUAUAUAGAUGAUGUAUACUAAAAUUUAUUUAUGUUACAUUGAAUUUCCUGCUUUGUAAUUGCAAUUUUAGACUUAAUGAUCAUUCUGUGGAGACCUGUUGUACCAUGCUUCUAUUGUUCAGUUGAAACCAAGUUAUUAUAUAGACUUAACCAA